AUGUCCAUUAGCCAAAUGACUGUUCCCCACCAUUUGAAGAACUUUGAUCUAUCUAUCUAUCUGUCUGUCUGUCUAUCUAUCUAUCUAUCUGUCUGUUUGUCAGUUUUUUCUAUCUAUCUCUUGCUAUCUCCCUCUGACAAAUUAUGUUCACAUCUAUCUAUCUAUCUAUCUAUCUAUCUAUCUAUCUAUCUAUCUUGUUCUGCUAUCUAUCUAUCUCGUUAUAUUAUCUAUCUAUCUAUCUAUCUAUCUAUCUAUCUAUCUAUCUAUCUUGUUCUGCUAUCUAUCUAUCUCGUUAUAUUAUCUAUCUAUCUAUCUAUCUAUCCCGUUCUAUUAUCUAUCUAUCUAUCUAUCUCGUUAUAUUAUCUAUCUAUCUAUCUAUCUAUCUAUCUAUCCCGUUCUAUUAUCUAUCUAUCUAUCUAUCUAUCUUGUUCUAUUAUCUAUCUGUCUAUUGAUCUAUCUUAUUCGAUCUAUCUAUCUAUGUCUGUUCAUUAUCUACCUAUCUAUCUAUCUCAUUCUAUUAUCUAUCUGUCUGUCUAUCUAUCUCAUUUUAUCUAUCUAUCUAUGUCCGUUCAUGUUGCACAUCCCUGUUAUAACAGUUCAUUAUUUAUUUAUCUAUGUAUCUAUCGUUUGUCUUUAAUUAUUUUAUUAUCUAUCUAUCUAUCUAUCUAUCUAUCUAUCUAUCUAUCUAUCUACAUUCUGGUUGAGCUUAUCUUUCAUGUUCUUGAUGUUAAUACAAUGUUUUGA